AGCUCGAAGGGCCGGGAGUAGCAGCGCGCCCAGAACUUUCCCCAUGGUUUCGGUGACCAGAUCCGUGUUCGGAGAGCUGCCCUCGGGGGCAGGGACAGUGGAGAAGUUCCGGCUGCAGUCAGACCUGCUGAGAGUGGACAUCCUCUCCUGGGGCUGCACCAUCACGGCCCUGGAGGUCAGAGACAGGCAGGGCAGAGCCUCAGAUGUGGUGCUGGGCUUUGCCGAAUUGGAAGGGUACCUCCAAAAGCAGCCCUACUUUGGAGCAGUGGUUGGCAGGGUCGCGAACCGAAUUGCCAAAGGAACAUUCACAGUAGACGGGAAGGAGUACAAGUUGGCCAUUAACAAUGGGCCCAACAGUCUGCAUGGAGGAGUCCGAGGGUUUGAUAAGGUCCUCUGGAUCCCUCAGGUGCUGUCAAAUGGUGUUCAGUUCUCACGGGUCAGUCCGGAUGGUGAGGAAGGUUACCCUGGGGAGUUAAAAGUUUGGGUAACGUACACGCUGGAUGGUGGGGAGCUCGUGGUCAACUAUCGAGCACAGGCCAGUCAGACCACACCAGUCAGUCUGACCAACCAUUCUUAUUUCAACCUGGCAGGCCAGGGUUCCCCAAAUAUAUAUGACCAUGAAGUAACUAUAGAAGCUGAUGCCUUUUUGCCUGUGGAUGAAACCCUAAUUCCAACAGGAGAAGUCGCUCCAGUGCAAGGAACUGCAUUUGACCUGAGGAAGCCAGUGGAGCUUGGCAAACACCUGCAGGAGUUCCACAUUGGUGGCUUUGACCACAAUUUCUGUCUGAAGGGAGCUAAGGAAAAGCAUUUUUGUGCACGGGUCCAUCAUCCUGGAAGCGGGCGGGUACUAGAAGUCUACACCACCCAGCCUGGGCUCCAGUUUUACACGGGCAACUUCCUGGACGGCACGCUGAAGGGCAAGAGUGGAGCAGUCUAUCCCAAACACUCCGGUUUCUGCCUUGAGACCCAGAACUGGCCUGAUGCAGUCAAUCAGCCCCACUUCCCUCCUGUGCUGCUGAGACCUGAUGAGGAGUAUGACCACACCACUUGGUUCAAGUUUUCUGUGGCUUAAGGGAGUGUGAAGACAUGACCCACCCCAGGGUCAGGCUAGGAGCCCCUUUGGAAGCCUGUCUCCUCUUCAGAGAUGAGAUGAAGAUUUAGAGGCUUUAAGUGAUCCUAUGAAUUAAAAUUAUACAAAUGGUAGCUGUCAUGAUAACCAGUCUGAAUACUGAUCUGCUUUCCAAUGACUGGCUCCAGGCCAGAUCUAAUGACCAGCUCUAUUCUCUGUGUAGUUAGUUAAGAGGACCCAACCACCAGUCAUCAUCCAAGCCCUAACCCUGGCCCAGAAAUGGCCCCUGGAUCUUUGUGCUGUUGGCUCCAUCUCUCUACCCUGCCUCUUUCUUUUCUACUUGUCACCCCUCCUUUGAGCCUACUCUCUCAUUCCUUUUUUCUUCCUCCUCUACCUCAAACUACCUUGCCUUUGAGCAUCACCUUGGAGUUUUCAAGUCCCCUAAAGGCACACGGCUAGAAUUUUAACCAGGAUUUGAGGUCAUGUGAAUUCAAGUCCCCUUCUUUGCUGCUCUUCUAUCCGCCAGAGCAUUACUAGGAUCACUCAUGGACAAAGAGGGGUGUGACCCUUAUCUAUUAGAGUCAGCCUUUCUUCCCAGAUUCACUUUUACUAAAAACAUUAAUUAGUCUGAGUCUGAUUAACUGUCUCUGAGCCCUAGAAGUGGUAUGAUUUAAAACACAAGAAUCUGUCAUUUUAAUUCUCUGACUUUGAAAUGAACUGAGAAAGCCGAGCUCAGCCAAGGUAUGGAAGAAAGGAAGCCAUGAGGCAGGAGCUGUCAGUGUGAGGACAGGGCCUUACCUGAGGAUAGUACAUCACACCUGGAACAGAUGUUGUGUGAUGUAGCUAAGGUGAGGGCUCCCUCUUUUCCUGAACAGUGAAUCAUCAGUGAUGGGUUUGGGUUGGUGAUUUUUAAACAAAUGUCUUAUAUACUAGCAACUAAUUGAAAUUAAAAAACAACAAAA